AUGACUUGUAAUGAAGCUUCAGAUGUAGUGUUGGAAGACGAUGCGGAUUGCCGUCUACUACAACCUAACCAACCAAUGGUCAUCAACAACGACAUUGAGCUGCAGAAUGAAGACCUUACCGUCCAUGACCUUGCUAUCCCGGAUUCCUUUCCUCCCCCUGAAUGGCCUGGAACUGGUAAUUUGUUGUUCAUGCUGAAUUUUGGGACACUGUCAUCCUUGCCGGUUCCCCUUUCCUCAACCGCAUCAUCCACCUCAUCCUCCCUCUCGAACACCUCGAGCCUGGCUCGUUGGCAGAGACUCCCAAGAGAGGAGAGGAGGUCAAAUCCUUACCCCAGGUCCAGAAGGGUGCACGUAGCAAACCGUCCCAAUCAACCAUGCUGGCAUAUGCAAGACAAGUCAUACAACUCUGGGGCCGACUCUUACCAUCUGGAGGACCACAGCCAUGAAAGAUCUUGGCAUCAGGAAGCCUCCCGAGACUCGCUAAUUUGGAGGGAACCUCGAACGAAAUCGAGAUCCCCAAGUGCAAGGGGCCCCUCAUCGAGCUUAGUGCCCUAUCAAUCCCCUUCGACAUCCUCAGCUCCAUGCAUUGCCCCUGUCGCCCUGCCAGUGAAUCCCACCUGGGUAGUGGACAGCGGCUCAAACAUGGCCAUACCUGCAUUUGUGGUCAAUCUGGCCACACCUCCUCCCCAUGCCCCAUAUCCGGUGCUGCCUUCUUACCAUCACGGAAACGUGCCACCUUCCUACAUGUCCUCAUCACGUCCAUGUGAUGAUCCCUACAAUUAUCCUUCCAGUCAGCACCAUUCACGAUCUAGGAGCCAUUCCCCACAUCGAGACAAUCGUCAAUGGCAUGCCUCUCAUCCGCCCUGA